GACGCGUGUAACAACUUCAGAAAGUCGCAUCUGCUAAAUAACGUCGUUCAGUUAUUUAAGUGCUGCUUGUGUGGUGAUAAGAUGAAACAAAUGUUACUCUGUGUCUUACGGCUAUGAUUGUUUUAGAAGAUUAACGUAAACGAUAGCCAAUAAAUAAAGUGCUUGAAGUAACCUUUAAUAGUUUGCCAUUUAUUGUCUUAAAUGGACGCAGUGUAGGAAACGCAAAUUUGCAAUCGCUGCAUGAAAGACAACAGGUUGAGUUAAAGGACUGCAUGAGAGAAACAUAUCUCGGAAUUAACACAACAAUAUUUGUGCGCAAUGUUUUAAAACCUAUACCACAAAUCAACUAACGGUAGUGCUCCGAGCAAGUGACUGCGCAACGAAUAUUUCUUAUAUAUUGGCUAACCUGUACCCGGGCAAUGCUGUGUUUUUCGAGGUCCGCGCUGAUGGCUGAAUUAUUUAUAUGAAAUCAAGAAUUUUAUUUCGCGUAAUUCAUUAUGCCGAGAAUUAAAGCGUCACCGAAAAAAUGUGUUAAGUCACCGAAUCCUCAACAGCCUUCGAAUACAUGGGUAUUGCUCCUUAAAGGCGAAAAUUUGGAUGGGGCAGAUGGGACGCCAGAUAUCGUACAAUUAAGACAUCCACUGUCUGGUGCACCGGCAAUGUUUAUGUUUUCACCAGGAGAUGGAAUGGUGCAGGAGGUUUUAACAUUCUCUGAAAAUAAGAGGUCGUGGUUUAUUGAAGAUUCAGUGAAAUCUGAUGGCAAAAUGCAUUUAUCUACGCCAAUAGACCCAAUAUUUCUAGUUAUACCAUACUUGAGAAAGACAAGUCAUGCUGUGCCUCUGGACCAGUUAUUGAAGGAUGAGGACUACCCUGAGACAGAAAGACUUCUUAGGUCGACUGGCCUGAAACACUUAUCUCAAGUUGCAGACAAAAAAGGGGAUGAGGAGCUAAAUGCCUACAAGUACAAUGAAGAGAAAGCUCUCAAUUGGCUGCAACGUAAGACAGAACGUGUGGCAGAAGUUCUGAAGCAGAAAGGUGUUCAAGUGAAUAAUGUUGCAACAGCUGCCACCUUUGUUAAAAGUGGAAAAACCGAGUCGGAUGACCCUGAAGCAUACCUUAAGUAUGCCCACGGCCUUGUAUCUGAGUACCUGGCAGAUGACCUUAGCCUGCAGCUACUUCGUAAGUUGGGACUGCCAGAGGAGCAGCCAUCAGAGUCAUCAAAGCGAAAGCUUGCGCCUGCUCAACAACAGGCAUCUGAAACUAAAAGGCCACGUCAAGAAGAUUUGCCUAAUGGAGAUGCACUGGAUCUCACCAAGCCUGAAAAGGUGCUCAUGGCUGCAAAAACCAGCAUUACAGCAAAGGAAAAAGCUCGUAUGAAGGCUGCAUCAGGAUCUAAAAGUAUUUCCUCAUUCUUUAAGAAGAAAUAAAGUGGUGAAUAAAUGAAUGAAACUGUUGUCAACUUGUAUGUGUUCCUAUAAUUGAAUUUUUUUCAAGUGGGACAGUUCCCUUUUAUAUUCACCAGUUUUUACUGUAAGUACUUCUUUCUUGUGCAAAAAAUUGCUGAGAAGAAGAAAUAGUUUUAAGCACUUUUGUGUGGCAGUGACUAGUACCUGCUCUGUAUGUGCAUGUGUGUACAUGUGUACGAGAGAGAGAGAGAGAGAGAGAGAGAGAGAGAGAAUAUGUGUUCAAAGCAUUUUAAAUUGUGCACAAUAAGUUUGGUAGAUGGACAGAAUCGAAUCCUUGUUUUAUUAUUAGUUAUUGUAAUAUAAGAAAAUUUGGUCUCACUGAAUUAUAGAACUGACGGUUUUCAUGAUCUAAAGAGCAGAUCUGUACACAUAUUUUGAUUGUAGCACCUAAACUCAUUGUUUUGUGGAAACACAUUUAUUGUUUUUGUUAUGCCUUAGAAAGUGAAGAAUUUGUUCUUUUGGUCUUAAAUAUAAGCUUUGUGUUAUCUAUUGACUUAUGUGGGACAACUACUUAAAACACUUGCAUUAAUUUUCCAAAAAUCAAUACAUGAAAAAUGUGGUAAAAGUUGUUAAAAUGUCAUAUAAAACUGUAAAUACCUUACCAGCUGGUGGUGGGUUGAUACUGGUGAAUUUUGUGUGUGUCUUUGAGUAAGCACAACACUGAAAACUGGAUGAUUGUUGUGAAAUUGACAAAACAUUUGAAUUUAUUACUCUAUUUGUUGGUAGCUGUAAUUGUAUUACAUACACCAUAAUUUUUUAAUAUAUAAAAGAAAUGAAUAACGGGAAGAGACCAGGUAAUUGAGAUCACAUUUUGGUUUUGUAAUAGCUGUGUAACGGGGAAGGUCCAUUUUUAUGCAGUGACUUGGAAAUUCAAAGAAUCUCUGUCAUGUUUCAGAUAUAUUUAUUUGUUGAAGUGAAGAGUCAUAUAACAGGAUUCUGAUUUUAUGCAUUUUUUCAGAAUAUCUGUUAAAACUGAUUUGUAAAACAUAUUUUUCCUAUAGUACCAUAUUUUGCAGUAUAAUUGGAACAGUCACAACAUCUGGUUACAACUGUGUGCAAUGGUUGUGCAAUUGUAGAUGUCCUCUGGCGGUACAUAAAUUUGGAAGCUUUUCAAGUAAGUUAACUGGAGAAUAACAGUCCCUAACGGGGAUCGAACCCAUUCAGAAAAAAAUCUAGCUAUUCAAGGUUAAACUUACUGAAAAUAUUUGUUGUCAGAACAUGCAAUGUAAAAGGAUGAGAUUUUCAAGUGGCUGUGUGCUGUAGACACCAGAAUGUUUCCUUUCAAAAGUAAUAGGCAAUGUUUCGUAUAUUUUCAAAGUGGGGAGUUGUCAUGAAAUGUGUGUACAAUAUGACUGAGACCAUGUGUCACCAUUUUCUUCAUAUACUUCUGUAAGUUAUACAGAAAAAAAAAAAAAAUCAGUGAUUUGUGUUUCAUGUCUGUGCAGCCGACUUGUGGUUGUUUACAAAGAGCCGUUAGGUAAAUGGGGGACCUGCGGAGGCUAAAUGCCUGACACUGAACCCUUUAAAAUCUGGGAAGUUUGUUUAUGUGUUGUUUAUUUAAUAGAAAAUAUGCAUCUCCAUAACAUGCUGUAUUAUUAUAUUUUUAUGUCCAGUAUGGACACACUUCCUUAUCUUCGCCUCUGGUGAUAGUUAUCACAUAUCGGUGUGGUGACCAUUACUUUAUCUGGUCAUGCAGUGUUGCAUGUAAUGUAAAACUGUUGACUGACUGAUACCACUUCAUAUGGGGUUCAUACAGCAUCUGAUCAGCAUCAAUAGGUCAAGAAUAACAAACUAGUACAGUUUGCGUAACCUGCAUACACCGAUCAUCCCUGUUUUAAUACCUAAGGCAGCAGGUGAAGCAGCAGUCUGUUGAUUGACUAUUGCUCUACAGGACAAUAGAAACCUGCUGUUAAUGAUAGUUUUUUUAAAAAUAUGUGUGUGUGUUCCAUUAAUUACAUCCAUAAUUAACUGCACAUACUGACUUUUGAAAAACCCAUGUGGUACUUGACCUCUUUGCCCCAGCAUAAAAUAUUUGUAUUUGGUACGUACUGUUUCUUUAGAAAACUGAUUGUCUUUGUUUUGUUGUGAACUGCAUGACUUGACAGUGAUAAAUUGGUAUAAUUGUACUAGAAAAGUUACAUUUCAUGUCUGAUGAUGCAGACAGAUAUUUUCAUAGAAUUUGGUACAGAUGUAUGUAAUAAGUUACAAGCAUGGAUAAUCAUAAAAGUACUAGUAAUUACAUCAUAACCUUGUUUUUGCUCAAGUGUAGGCAAUAUGCAUUUUUUUAAUGUUUUUAAUCUGAGUUAUGAAGGUAAAAUGAAUUAUUAGGCACCUUACAGUAAAUUAUUAUUGGAGAUCACGUAGGUCUUUUCAAUAUUGUGUCCACUAUCUGAUGUACAGUUGUAAGAGGGGAAGUGCAUUUGUCAGUAAUUUCUGUAUUUACAUUUAAGCCAUUGUCCUCAAAUCUCCAACAUUAGUUUUUAUAAAAUGGAAAAAAAUGCUAUAUGGUUUUGGACUGUGCUUGGUUUUGGACUGUGCUACUUGUGCAGGGCUUUAAUGGGAUUAAGAUAUUGUUGAUCUGAAAUACUACUACCUGCAUUUAGAAGAAUAAUUCAUCAUGUUUCAUAGGUGCCCAAUAUUUUAUUUGCACAGUUCAUUUAUUAAAUGGUUUCUGACUUGGAACUGGUCAGUAUAAAAACAGCUGCAUAAUAUGGGAGAGAAAUAAGCAUAAUGUAUUUGUGUAUAGUAAAUGUGUGGAAUAAGAACACUAUUAUGUAUUGAGGCUUUGGUACUAAAUGGAGAAGGGGAUAAGUGAACUUGGUACGACUAAAUUAAAUUAUGACUUGAAGGUAAACAGUCAUUUAAUCUGAUUUCAGUUUUACAUCAAAAUAAAAACUUCUAGUUCAGGAAUAAGAACAAUAUAUAUAAACUGCAUUUGAUAAAUGGAUGUGUGAGAAAAUUUGUGCUAUGAAAACUUUUCCAAUAUGCAUGAAGUGUAGUGCUUGGGACUUAAGAGAUGUAUUCCAACAGAAGUGAUAAGUUCGUAUGAGGUUAGUAGGAGAAAUGAAAUAUUUUAUAAAUAAAGAAGAACACUCACUGAAAUCAGAAGCAUUGAAUCUUUGAUAGGUGCAUCCGAAAAAAGACGUAACUCCUUCUUGAGCUAGAGCAUGCACACAGCAUGCGCCCUGCGUUAUCUACGUCACUAUGUAGGGGCACAGCUGUGUUUGUGUGUACUGUAGCUUGAGAAAAUAUUUACUCGGAAAGGUUUUCUGUCCUUUUUUUGUGUGCACCUGUUGACAGCUUAUCUCUUCUGGUUUUCAGUAAAUGGUCUCCUUUAAUCAUAAAGUGUUUACAUGCUACCAAAACUUACCUACUAUAAGUGAAGGUAGAAGAAUGUAUCAGACUUAACAGUUUUUUAAAAAGGUGGUGAAAAAAUUCUGAAGGAAAAAUCUACCUAUCAUACAGAUAGACUUGGAAACCUGAUGGAAGAAUAAAGAUGCUCAUGGUUGGUGCUCCUAGAAAGGCAAGUGGCAAAUAUUCUCAUGGAAACAUGCUACCAAAUAAAAUAUUGCAAAGUGGCGGAGGUGAAACAUACAGCAACAAGAGAAUGAUUUUCUCAAAAAUAACUGCUCAGGUACCAGUGUAGAUACAGUGAUUAAUAUUCCAUUCACAGGUAGUCUGUUGUGAGCAGGACAGAAUCAUGAAAAACUUUACAAUUUUUUUUUUGUUCAACCUGUAAUGCAGAAAACAAUUAGAGAACUGUGUUGAGGAUAUCUAUUACAGUUCUCAAUUGCAUCCUUCAGGAAUAUUAAUGCUUUAUAUUUAAUUGAUUUUUAGGCGUUGGGACAAUGUCUUGCUUAAGAAGAAAACUGACUCUUUGUCUGCCAUUAUGAUAUGACAUUGAAGGUUGUAGUCAGCUGAUUAUAUUCAAACUCAGGCUUAUGAAAGCAGUGAUACUGACAAAUUUUUAGUGAUAUAAUUAGAAAGUGAAGACAGAAAAGAAUUUAAUGGUUGACAAGUUGAUAUGAAACUGCUGACAUCUUCCAAAAAUAGUUUUGUUAUCUGAAAUUGUUGUGGAUUGGCAGGAGACCAACCCACUAAAUUGAGAGGAAGCCGAAAGGCACGCGUUUAGCUCACGCAGGCUGGCGUGAGGUCUGGAACAGGACAAGGUAUUAUAACUUCAGAAAAAAAGUUGGUACUUGGUGGAAUACUUAACUUUAAUCCAUUAAUGUUGAACGUAGCUCUUGUCUGUACAUUCUUUACAAUAUCAAUGGCAACUGAUAAUGGCGCCUUGCUAGGUCGUAGCAAAUGACGUAGCUGAAGGCUAUGCUAACUAUCGUCUCGGCAAAUGAGAGCGUAUUUUGUCAGUGAACCAUCACUAGCAAAGUCGGUUGUACAACUGGGGCGAGUGCUAGGAAGUCUCUCUAGACCUGCCGUAUGGCGGCGCUCGGUCUACAAUCACUGAUAGUGGUGACAAGCGGGUCUGGCGUAUACUAACGGACCGCGGCCGAUUUAAAGGCUACCACCUAGCAAGUGUGGUGUCUGGUGGUGACACCACAUAAAUCUUAUGUGCAUAAGCCUUCCAGUAUUUGAGUUUGUGACUGUGAUUGGAAAGGUGAAAGAUGAGAUGAUUAUUUGGUUCCAGUAAUAAGACUUAAAGGAUGGAAUUUAUUGCUUGAAAUCCGUUUAAAUAAAAGAGCAGAAUCUGGUAAUCAGUUGUGGAACCUGAUUUAGAAAUACUAAGAUAGAAGCUCCAGACAUGAGUACCAACAGAUGAAGUGGGCUAUACUUUUCAGUUGUUAAAUACAGAGUAAACAAUGCUAAAAGGAAAAAAAAAUAUCUGAAUUUCAUAAUGCGCCAUCAUGCUGUGUUAUGGUAUCCUCCUAAUUUAUAACCAGUUUGUCUUAGAAUUUGACCAUCAGCAGGUAUACAAAAAUUGAUAUUAGCAGCACUUCAUUUGGACGUACAUGGUAUUUAUCAAAUGACUUGAGGUCUUAAUGUCACCUUAUCUGUGCCAUAGUUCCCCCUAGCAUUGUUAUUUUCCUAUUAUUAUUAUUAUUAUUAUUAUUAUUAUUAUUUUACAGAAUCGAGACAAAUGUGUAAGAAUCUUUUAGGUUGCAGCUUUUAAGAGAUAUGGUAAAUAAUUAUUUGUAGUGGUAACAAUAAAUUUCCAUGAUUGUACUAUAAUUACUCUUAAAAGAACAGCAUAUCCUUGAAGCCAAAGUGUGAUGUAGAGAACAGUGACACUAUAAGAGCAGUUCUUUAACUACUUUUCUCAUACUCUUGUCCAAUACCACCAAGUAUCUUUAGAAAGGGGCACAUUUCUGGUACCAUAUAUAUACUUGAGUGUGUGCACAUGCACGCUCCACUUUAUGCCCUAUUUUCCUUUACUAUUCAUUUCCCAGUAGAUUUCAUUCACUUUCUCCCAUCUUGUGCGUUUCUCCUAGCUUAUUCGUGCAAAUUUUGGCAAUUUUCUUUGCUUCAUCACUCUGCUGUGUACUAUCAUAACUGCAUAAUCCAAUAUAAAUAUGGUAAUGAGAUUGUGUAAUUGGUAGGUAGCAGUGGAGAAGGUAAAUGACAAAUGAGCUUGCUAAAAAUAGUAUGGACUUUUUUAAGUGAUUGUGGCUCUCAACUCUGUUGAUGUGAUUUUGUGGGCUCAGUAAAGUAUGUAAUGGUUUGAUGAAACUGUGAUGCUUAUCUUAUAUCUUUCUGACAAAUUCAGGAUCUUUUAAAAAGUAAAACUAUUUUCAUAAGGCCAUACCUUCUAUACGAACGAAGAAAAAAAACUUUUUGGGUAGUUGACUUGUACUAUGGCUACAAAAGAAACAUCUAUUUUUGUAAGGGUAUUUCUUUUACAUGCAUGCACAUAGAACCUUGGGAUGCUUCUUAUGAUUGUGUGUAAGAUUAAAGCUUAUAUGUAGAUUUUGAAAAUGUUCUGUAUGCUGCCCCCCCCCCCUCGACCUGCACCCCUCCUUCCUCCCCCUCCACCAGGUAUAUUACAACAUUUCUGUAGUAACUGCAUUCAUUGCCGUUGUUACAUCAAAAUUGUUGCAAGAGGAACCCCACGCCAGCCACACAUUGAGAAACCAGGCAACCUAGGAAGACCAGUUGUAUAAUGCAAGUCCCAUACACCCCUUAUGCUGUGGGAGGUACAGCACCUCACUCUGAACGUAAAUUACACUGCACUGUUGUAGCUGAAUUGCACCUAUUGAAAUGGAGAACACAAAACGGCUUUCAUUGCUGAGUCAUCAAUAUUUUGAGUUGACACACAUUGGAUAUCGAAAAGCAAACAAGCUAGUCACUGUGCCAGGGAGACCCUAACUGGUGGUCACAUGAACUGGAACAUACAACAUGAAGCCAAGAUUUGAUGCGUAAUUUAUAUAAACCCAAGUUUCUAUCAUCAUUCAUGUAGGAGAUAUAGUCUUGUGAAAGCAGAUGUAAUCUUUUUGAAACAACUCAUCAUUCCUUCCCAGCUAAAGAGGCAGGCUAAAAAAAAUAUUAGUUUGUUAAUAAUAAGCCUCUUCAGUGAGAAGCUCAAAAUAUUUUUUUAUGUUAAGUUGAGAUGUCGAUCAAUUUGAAGUUACAGUCAAACUAAAACUGGAGAUGAUGCCUGUGUUUUUAAAGUAGUCGAAGUAGUUAGUAGAGUAGACAGACAAUGACAGUAUUGGCUUAUACAACAUUAUAGCUUUAAAUAUUUUGUCAGAUAAUGUGCAAAACCUGUUUUUCAUAUUAGUAUACAGGUGCGAAACAGUUCUUUGAGAUCACAGAUAAACUUGCACACCAAACAAGUUGUUUUGUAUCAUAUUUAAUCCAUGUAAGGGCCUUUCGAUUUGGAGAUAAUGUAAGGAAAUUGUGUAUCUGUGGGAAAUGAUAGUCUGAGAUGAUUCCACAGCUUGGCUUUAUGGAAGCACUGUUAUAUGUAGAAUCCAGAACGGGCUUAAGAAACUGGAAAAAAAUUGUUGAUUUUUUUCUGCCCUCCUUAUUAAUGAUCAGAAACUGAGUUAAUUUCCAUCCAAAUAAAAUGAUGUCCUCACCUGUAACCCAUUCACCUUUCAAACACCCAUGACUUCCUGUGUCCUUCAAUGUAUGAGUUUUACUAAAAUAUGUUUGAUGUGUAACAAUGUGAACCUAUUAACUGAAGUAACACAGGUAGUAGUUUAUUCGUAAUAAAUAUGGAUACAAUAAUAUUGAUAUAGAAGGCAGUUAAUUAAAGAAGUCCGUAUCAUGAAAGAAUUACAUUGGUCUAUACCAGUUUCUUUGCUACAUUAAUUAUGCCCUGCAACAUGUGUAAAUAUGGAAUGAUUUAUAAGCACAGUAAAGAAAACAUUCAGUCUUUUGUACAUAUCUUGGUAUGCUAAAUGGUGGAAACAGGGGUAGGGGGUGGGGGGAGCUGUCCAAAAUAUAUUGUUUAGGCAGAGGAGCUCAAUGCACUAAAGAGAAAAUGCUCUGUAAUUUAUUUCUGAGAGUGGUGGCGUAAUGGUUACGGCACUGGACUUGAAUUUGGAAGGAUGGGACUCAAAUCCUUGUCCAACCCAGGUUGGUUCUUAGAAAAUGGUGUAGUUUGUUUCCUUUGCCUAAUUGAAUCUUAUGGAUCAUAACUGAAGGCAUUGUCAUCAGUGAAAAAUGAAACCUUAAUCACUUUUUCAUUUUUUUUUAAUUUGUUGCUUAAUAAGGGUUAAAAUAUGCCUCUUAAUACUAUUCACAAAUGAUUUAAUGAAAUUUUAUGAUAAUAAUGCAGAGCACAUAAAAUGAAGGAAAGCUUUCUUUAUGAUCUUGGCUCUACAGUCAGGAGUGGUUUUAAAACUAUUCACAUGGUGGCACAUCGUUAGAGCACCAUAAUGUCUCUUACUUUACUUCUGUCACGAAACCUGUUUGUAUUGACAACAUUUAAAGUGUCUAAUAAGUUAAAACCAUGUGCUGAAGCAGUGCUUCUUCUGUACAAUGCUCAUACUUGUUGAAAGCAUUGUCAGUGAAAGGUAAGGAUUAAUUUCUGAGUCCCCUUCCAAUGUGUACCUUUACUGUCACUGGAAAUUUCACAACAUAUGCAGUGCUCCUUAAUGAAAAAUACUGCUUGAGAAAAAGUGGUGUUUGUUUUGAAAAUAGAGUUGUUCAGAUCACUGUGGGAUCAAGUCAAUACAAGACCUACUGUGUCUCUCUCUCACUCAUACUGUCCCUGUUUGUCUCUUCAGAUAUUUACAAAAAUAAUACAUUGUAAAGUACUCAGGCAUUUCUUUCUCCAUCCUUUUCCAGCUGAGGUAUAACCUUCUUCUCUUUGCUGUGUAACCCUUUAAUUCCCAAUAAUAUAUUUAAAAAAUCAAAAGUUUGAUAAAAUUGACCUUUAUCAUCGUAUUAGAAAAUGAACGUAAGAAGAAAGGGCGAUAAGUAAACAAUCAGUUGUUUGAGCUGGUGGUUUCACUUUGGCACCACUGGGACACACAGUUUUCUAACACCCAUCAUUUCAUUAGGUAUGUUUGAAAGCAAUAUUGCAGUUGUGCUCGACACAAUCCUACAUCUUGAAACUUCCAUGAACUCAUAGUGCCUAAAACUAUUUGUUGUCCUAGAUAACAAGCAAAAAUGAUCCAAAAAUUCAAUAAAUUUGUAUGGAAAGUACAUAAUGCUGCAUUGUUUAAUUUUGAAAUUACUCUUAAAAGCAGUACUACAAAUCAAAUUUACAUUACAAUAAUUUAAAUUAUGCUUACUUCCACUCUCAAUGAUUUCGAUAAGAUCACAAAAAAGGAAAAAACCACACAUCACAUUCUCCUACAAUCGUGCAGCACAGUCUCUGUACUGACUGUUGUUUGUAUGCUACAAGUGACUGCCACGGUGUGCUACAUUCUUAGAAGUACCUCAACAUGCCACUACUAUAUGUCUCUGUCUUGUAAUAGCAUGGAAACUUUAUGCAAAAGGUAUUUAUACUUCAAAACAACAUUUAUGAAAUGGUAGUUUCAUACAAAACCACUAGUACUCAAAGGGUUAAAUACAUGUAAUGAAGUGGAAGUGGGAAUUAGUGACAUGUAUGUUACUGUAGUAAUUUGUGCUAUUAAAAGUGUGGAAAUCAAUGAAUGGUUGAAUGAACCCUUUAAUGAUUGUGAUAAUACUUUUUUUAGAAUGUCAGGAGAUGAGUGUUGCAGCAAAUUAAUGAUGUCAAGACAGGGACACACAAAUUUGCAGACAUUAAAUUUGAUUAAAAAGAAGAUGAAUGUCAUGAAUGAGGAACAGAGAUAUUUCAGUUGAAGAGGCUAAGGAACAAGUCAGAAUGUUCUAUGAAGUAUUGUAGCUUUACUUGUGUCAUUAAAUAAUAUGUGAUGUCGUCACUACGCUUGUAAAGGGCUGAUGUAAUGGCUCGUACUACAAUAUAUGCUUUUAUGUGUUCAAAAAACUGACUCCACAAGCAUAAGAAACUGGAAAGCAUAAAAGAAGAGCUGCUUCCUCUGACUGUCCAUACUGUUGAUUAUAAACUAAACGUAUAAUGGGCAUGGCCUUGUGAUAUUUGAACAUAUAAUCAAGCGUAGUCAUUUUCGUGUUGCAGUAUACCUUUUAUUUAAAAAUGUUGUUAUAACUCCCACUGACUACUUUUGAAUGCAGUGCGGGUCCACAUUUUGCUUUGUUGCAGUUAAGAGAGACUUGAUUCUAACCCUUAAAGGUUAAAUUCUAGACUCUUUUUGACUUCUGCAGAUAUUUACUUCCAUCCACAUCAACUCAGUUUUUAGCUUAUUAUGUCCUAUCUUAUUCCAUUUAGUACAUGCGUAAAUGUUUACACCAGUCACACUUUUCACUUCUGGUUUGAAGGUAAAAGGUUCCAGCUGUUUCUUUGUUGAACAUGCUGUGUGGAAAGUCAGAAGUAUUUUAAAAUUGAUAUUUGUUGGCAAUUAUUGUAUUCUGUUUAUUUAUCUAUUUUUCUUAUAAACAGAGUGAAAAUUGUUGUUUAAAUAUGGAAUGUGUACAGUUUUAACUGAGUCCAGUGUGUGUACCUGAGAAAAUAAAAAUCAUAAGCAUUUCAUCAUAAUCACGACAGUAGAAAGCAAAUUGCUGUUCUCUAAGAUUCAGCAAGCCACUCUUAUAUUAAAACAGUGGCUACUAUUUGAUAAAUACUCAAAAGCGUUUAAGUUUAAAGAUGUUUAUACUGUCACUAUUAAGAGUGAUACAUUCGUAACUCUGAUAUCUAUAACAAGAUUUCAAAACUCUGUGCAGUUGCAGGAGACAUGAUUGUGCUUCUUUGAAUUCAUAUGAGUUGCAAAUAUAAUGACAGUACCUAAGCCUUAAUUAUUGUGUGUCAUUUUAAUACAUUAAAUAUGAUGGUAAUAAUGACGACAAAGUGGGUGAUUGCAGUAGGUGUGUGUGAAAGAGAGAGAGAGAGAGAGAGAGAGAGAGAGAGCGCCUUAUGUUUUAGCAUUAAAUUGAAGAAAAAAUACAGAACUAAAUUGAGUGAAUGUUAUCAUCAAAAAUUUUAAUAUUGCAUUGUUUUUGGUCUAAAAAUAAUGCCUUAAAAGGUAACUGUUGAUAAUUUUCUGUAAAAGAGUACAUUUUUUGACUGUGGUAUUUAAUGUCAUUCACAGGUAGCAGUGUUACUUUUUGUUAAUAAUAACAUCAUGUUUAUGAGUUUUUAAAAAUGACUAAUAAUAACAGAAUCUUUUAUUCAAA